UUGUGGAUGCUCCUGAAGCCACUGUCUUAUACAAAAAGAAGAAGGUCAACUUACUCGAUCAGGCAUUGUCUUAUGUUUCGCCGCCCGCCAUAUACCCAUCGGAUGCAAGUAUUUCGGAAAGCGUAACAUCUAUAAAUGGUAUUUGGCCGCCAACGAGAUUACAGCAUUGGAAGCCAGAUGUUGACACUAUAGCAAAUGUCAAUAUCUACCAUAAUCUGAAUACAUUAAUGGACCCAUGCUACGAGUUUUCUAAGCAAAAGAACUCCGAUUUCAAGGCCGGUGACCCCAAUAUUGGUAAAGGGAUACCCGAUUAUACAUGCCGGGUAUUUAGGAAUGGUGAUGGGAAAAUCGUCAUUCCUAUAGAAAUCAAGAGAAAUCUCGUAGUGGAAUCACUAAUCAAUGAUAAAGAACUGGCGCUGAAAAGUCGUUGGAAUCAACCUCUCCGACG